AUGGCACCGGCACAUGCAAGACACCUCCUCCCUGCCCGCCUGUCGCAGCGCCGCUUUCUAGCUACAGCGUCGAAUCCGAACGCACCACCGACCUUCCAGGUCUUUAAUCGCGCCGUCAAGCGGCUGCAGCGCGACCGUGCUGCUGCAAAUAAGGAGGCGAGUAGGAAUGUGGACUAUCUCAAGGAUGAAGUCGCUGACCGCCUUGUUGAGCGCAUCCUCCUAAUCAACCGGCCGCUCCCGCGCGUCCUCGACCUCGGCGCCGGCGCCUGCCACAUCGCCCGCUCCCUCACCAAGCCCCGGCCCGACGAGCCCGCCCCCGUCGCAUCACGCAUCUCGCACCUGAUCUGCACCGACAUGUCACCAGCGCUACUCCACCGCGACGCCGACGCGCCGUGGAACACAGAACUAAGCAUCGAGCGCAUCGUGGCCGACGAAGAGUCGCCACUGCCAUUCGCCGAGAGCAGCCUCGACGCCGUGGUCAGCAGCCUGAGCAUGCAGUGGAUCAACGAUCUCCCGGGCGCGCUCUCGCAGGUGCGCCACCUGCUGAAGCCCGACGCGCCGUUCGUGGCGGCGAUGGUGGGCGGCGACACGCUGUUUGAGCUGCGCACGUCGCUGCAGCUGGCCGAGUCGGAGCGGCUGGGCGGGGUGAGCCCGCGCGUGAGCCCGCUGGCGGACGUGCGCGAUGUGGGCGGGCUGCUGCAGACGGCGGGCUUCACGCUGCUGACGGUGGAUGUGGACGAUAUUGUGGUGGGGUAUCCGGAUGUGUUUGCGCUCAUGGCGGAUCUGGGCGCGAUGGGGGAGGGGAAUGCGGUGCUUGGGAGGAAGGAGGGGCCGGUGGGGAGGGAUGUGUUGGUCGCGGCGCAGGCGAUUUAUAGGGAGUUGCAUGGGAAUGAGGAUGGGACGCUGCCGGCGACGUUUAGGAUUAUUUAUAUGAUUGGAUGGAAGGCGAGCGAGAACCAGCCAAAGCCACUACCGAGGGGCAGCGGGCAGAUCAGUAUGAAGGACAUACUGGAGGGCAGCACCACCCCAAGCCCGGAGGGGAGGGGGAAAAGAAAUAGAAAGGGUCUUUUCCAUAGAUGCGCCGAAUAA